GGGAGGAGGAGAGAGGACAGCUGUUUGCCACCAUGUAUCCAGUCAGUUGAAUGUAUUUUAAUAAUCUCCAUUAUUCCUGUAUUUAUUUCUCUGUGUUCAGGUAUUUAUUUCUCUCUGUGUUCAGGUAUUUAUUCCUCUGUGUUCAGGUAUUUAUUUCUCUGUGUGUUCAGGUAUUUAUUUCUCUGUGUGUUCAGGUAUUUAUUUCUCUGUGUUCAGGUAUUUAUUUCUCUGUGUUCAGGUAUUUAUUUCUCUGUGUUCAGGUAUUUAUUUCUCUGUGUUCAGGUAUUUAUUUCUCUGUGUUCAGGUAUUUAUUUCUCUGUGUGUUCAGGUAUUUCUGGAGGUGAGCUGCUCUGUGAUUGGUGCAGCAGCAGAUGAUGUCAGACCUCCUCGUCUCCGUCUCCUCCUGUUCUCCUCCACCUCCAUCUGACGCUGUCAUCACGCUGCCAGCUCUCCUGCUGCUGAGGUGACUGACAUGGAGGAGGAGGCUCCAGAGGCUCCGGGGUUUGUUGGAGAGAUGAAGGAGGUUAUAAUGGAGGAAGAAGAGUCUUUCCAGGAGACGGUGGUCACAACAGAGACCACGGUUGUUGACGCAGAGGAGGAGGAGGAGGAGGUGAAAACUGAGGUGGACGAAGAGGAACAGGAGGCAGAAACAGAGGAAGAAGAAGAAGAAGAAGAAGGAGAGAAUAAAGAAGAGGGUCAAGCCAAGAAGCUGCUGGGAGCCUGGGAGUCAGAAGCCUCCUCUGAUGCGAAGCCUCCUCUACCAGACCCAGCGUUCAACAGGAGGUGCAGCCUGAACAUCAGUGAUGUGAAGUAUAAGGAGGACUUUGAGAAGAUGAGGGGUCAGAGUCUGUUCGUUCCUGGAGCCGAACUCAUCCACUCCAAGAACAUCAGCGCUGUGAUCUCUGAGUCCAAGUACAAAGAGGAGGGAAGGAAGGAGGCGUCCAUGUCUCUGUACUCCGUCCUGCCAGAGACUCCUGAGAUCCUCCACGCCAGAGAGGCUUCAGAGCUGCAGAGUGAGCUUAAAUACAAAGGAAACGUGAAGACGGAGAUUUCCUCGUCUCUUUAUUCUCUGCUGCCAGAAACCACAGAGACCCAGUUUGUCAAAGAGCUGACGGAGAUACUGAGUGAGAACAAGUACAAGGAGGAAGGGAAGAAGGAGAUGAGCAGCAGUUUGUACUCGCAGCUCCCUGAGACGGCCGAGAUGCAGCUGGCCAAGACCGUCCACGAGUUCCAGAGCGAGAAAAGGUACAAAGAAGACGGGAAGAGGAAGGCCUCCAUCUCGCUCUACUCUCAACUCCCCGAGACUCCAGAGAUCCAGCACGCUCUGGAGGUGUCCCAGCUGCAGAGCGAGGUGAAUUAUCGCCCUAAGGUGCUGGUUAAAGGAGCUCCCUCGUCUCUCUACUCUCUGCUCCCCGACACCUCAGAGAUCCAGUUUGCCAGAGAGAUGACUGAGAUGCAGAGUGAGAGUAAAUACAAGGAGGGCGGCAGGAGGAGCCUCUCCCAGAGUUUCUACUCUCAGCUCCCAGAGACCACAGAGACGCAGUUCGCUAAGAGCGUGGCGGAGCUGCAGAGCGAGAUGCGCUACAAGGAAGCGGGUAAGAAGGGCGUCAACUCGUGUUUGUACUCUCUUCUCCCGGAGACGCUGGAGACGGCUCACGCCAGGGAAGUCGCCGAGCUGCUCAGUGAGGUGAAGUAUAAAGAGGAGGGGAAGAAGGAGAUGAGCAUCAACCUGUACUCUCUGCUGCCCGACACCAUCGACACCCAACACGCCAGAGAGGCGUCACAGCUGCAGAGCGAGGUGAAGUAUAAAGAAGGUGUGAAGCAGAAGACUCAGAGCAGUUUGUACCAUCAGCUGCCUGAGACCACAGAGACCCAGCUGGCCAAGCAGCUGUCUGAGCUGCAGAGCCAGGCAAAAUACAAAGAAGCAGGAAAGAAGGAGGUGAACACGUGUCUGUACUCUCUGCUGCCCGAGACUCUGGAGACGCAGCACGCUAAAGAGAGCAGCGAGCUGCUCAGCGAGGUUAAAUACAGAGAGAGCGGGAAGACCGAGCGCUCCAGCUCGCUGUACGCCACGCUGCCCGACACCACGGAGACCAGCUUCGCCCGAGAGAUGAGCGACAUGCAGAGCGAGACUAAGUACAAGGAGAACGUGUUGAAGAGUCUCUCUCAGAGCGUUUACUCUCAGCUGCCUCAGACCACCGAGACGGAGUUCGCUAAAACAGUUUCUGAGCUGCAGAGCGAGAUGAGGUACAAACAGGGCAAGAAGGACGUGUCCAGCUCUCUGUACUCCACGCUGCCCGAGACUCUGGAGACGCUCCACGCCAGAGAGGCCUCGGAGCUGCAGAGCGAGCUGAAGUACAAGGCGGCUCUGAAGAAAGGUCGCUCCUCAAGUCUGUUCCACCUGCUGCCGGAGACCUUAGAGACGGCCCACGCACGACAAGUCUCCGAGCUCCUCAGCGAGGUGAAGUAUAAAGAGGAGGGGAAGAAGGAGAUGAGCAUCAACCUGUACUCUCUGCUGCCCGACACCAUCGACACCCAACACGCCAGAGAGGCGUCACAGCUGCAGAGCGAGGUACCGCUCCGCUUUAACCUUCCUCCAGAUGUUUGUUUGAGCGAGCGGCGAGCUAACGUGGCGUCUGCUCUCCUGCAGGUGAAGUAUAAAGAAGGUGUGAAGCAGAAGACUCAGAGCAGUUUGUACCAUCAGCUGCCUGAGACCACAGAGACCCAGCUGGCCAAGCAGCUGUCUGAGCUGCAGAGCCAGGUAGAGGAAACACCUCAACACUCACUCACCACUACUGUCAGUCACACUUUAUCUAUCACUAUCAGUCAGACUUUAUCUAUAACUAUCAGUUACACUUUAUCUAUAACUAUCAGUCAGACUUUAUCUAUAACUAUCAGUCACACUUUAUCUAUAACUAUCAGUCAGACUUUAUCUAUAACUAUCAGUCAGACUUUAUCUAUAACUAUCAGUCAGACUUUAUCUAUAACUAUCAGUCAGACUUUAUCUAUCACUAUCAGUCAGACUUUAUCUAUAACUAUCAGUCAGACUUUAUCUAUAACUAUCAGUCAGACUUUAUCUAUAACUAUCAGUCUGACUUUAUCUAUAACUAUCAGUCAGACUUUAUCUAUAACUAUCAGUCAGACUUUAUCUAUCACUAUCAGUCUGACUUUAUCUAUCACUAUCAGUCUGACUUUAUCUAUAACUAUCAGUCUGACUUUAUCUAUAACUAUCAGUCACACUUUAUCUAUAACUAUCAGUCUGACUUUAUCUAUAACUAUCAGUCUGACUUUAUAACUAUCAGUCUGACUUUAUCUAUAUCUAUCAGUCACACUUUAUCUAUAACUAUCAGUCAGACUUUAUCUAUCACUAUCAGCCUGACUUUAUCUAUAACUAUCAGUCACACUUUAUCUAUAACUAUCAGUCUGACUUUAUCUAUAACUAUCAGUCUGACUUUAUCUAUAACUAUCAGUCACACUUUAUCUAUAACUAUCAGUCACACUUUGUCUAUAACUAUCAGUCUGACUUUAUCUAUAACUAUCAGUCACACUUUAUCUAUCACUAUCAGUCAGACUUUAUCUAUCACUAUCAGUCAGACUUUAUCUAUAACUAUCAGUCUGACUUUAUCUAUAACUAUCAGACAGACUUUAUCUAUAACUAUCAGUCAGACUUUAUCUGUAACUAUCAGUCUGACUUUAUCUGGAAAGCAGCAAGUUGGGGUCAUAAAAUACAAACUAGAUAAAGUAACUAGAUCACAAAGAUUCUGAAGAUAAAGCAACAACAAAGAAUGUGACAAUUAUACACAAUAAAAUACAUUUUUAUAAUAAUAUUAAAGAUAUUUCAAUAAAACUAAAGAUAUUAAAAAGAAAAACUCAAUCAAUCAAUCAAUCCAACUUUAUUUGUAAAGCAGCAAGUUUGCUUCAAGUAGUGAGAUACAAACUAGAUAAAGAAACAAGAUCAAAACAUAAAAUAUGAUAAUAAUAAUAAUAAUAAUAAUAAAAAAUAUUUCAGUAAAA